GACGUCACACAUCUUCAUUGUUGCCGGGGAAAUCUCCAUAGUAUCUCUGGGAAUCAACAAUAUGGCGGAAGUAAGCGCGCUUCAUAGCCACGAGUCAGGGAACCAAACAUAGAUUUUAUGUCGCUAAACGAUAACUUUAACGCCAUAGAGGGCCAGAGAUCGGAAUCGUUUGUAGAAGCAGCUCUUUCCCAGGUCUCUUUCAUGGAACUCGAAAAUGUAGAGGAGAUCGGCCGACCUGUUUCGGUCCAUGAUAUAUGUGCCAACACGGACGUAUCGCGACCCACAGAGCCCGAAGCCAUGGGAAGGAGGGGUGACGUGUUCGAUUCCGAGGGAGAGGAGGAGGAUGACGAGGGCGAAGUGAUCGUUAGGUCUAUACAGAUAGACGUGUCAGAACAGUCCCACUCCACAAUGGAACCAAUACUAGAGGAAGAACUCUUCACAUCUGUUGAGAUCGAUCGCCGAGCUUCCCAUCAAGAAAUUGCGGCCAAUGGUCCGGAAGACGGUGCAAGACGACUUGCCUUACCCAGAGCAGCCAGUCACAGUGGAGUGGGCACUUCUAGUUCCGUACAGAAAUUCAUCCAGAAGUUGUCGUGGAAACGACGCACAAAGUCCGAUACAAAUAGUCCAGGAGACAUGCCCACCCUGGACGAGGAGGCGCCGAAACCAGAACAGCAAAAGAGACCAGAGCGGAAAGGGUUAUUUGGGCGCAGAAAGCAGAAGGAUCGAAGCCGCCAAACGGAAGCACAACCAGCAACGCCUAAUGCACAUCUCACAAGUGGUGAGACAGCCCCUGCCAUGACUCCAAAAGUGUUCCAGUCUUACUUUCAUAAUGCUCUAGACGGAAAAGUGGAUACUCCAGUCACCACCGAGGAUGACACCAUUGACUAUUCAGCAUAUAUCUUAUAAUUCAUAUUAAAAUCUCUAGGGAGGCUUAUACAACUUAUUAUAAUCCCGUCAGUUGUCAGUGUCAGACUGUUUACAUGCAGAUUAUACAUAUUAAGAUUUGUUUGUAUCAAAUAUUCGAACUUAUUUUUGUAUGAGUUCACUCGUACGUUGUAUCAUAUGAAUACACAUUAUGAUGA